AUGUGGCCGACCAAGAGGUCUGCUACUGUCUUCAUCCUUUGGGGGACUGGCUUUGUGCGCUCUGCCAUCAAUAUCGAUGGUUCUCAAGCCGUGGAGCCGGUCACCGAAGGGGACCCUUCACCUAUUUCGGACAUCAAUACCUACUACCCUGAUCGAUAUCCCUGUCCUCUUCCGUGUAUUGAUGUUGCAAAUACACACACUUGGACACCAUAUUUGUCUGUGGACCGUCUGAAGCGUUGCAAUGAGCCCAUGCUGCUACAAUUCUCUAUUACACAACCACUUGACGACCCAAAAUCCAAUAUCUUGAUACGAAGCUGCACGCUUGGUUCUCAGGAGACUUCUUCCUUUAAGAGCACUGUAUCCUCGAUACAGAAUCCGAAAAAGGCAAGCAAUCUGUUUCGAGGUGGAAGCCUCAAAAACUCUCCAGCAUGUGCCAUUGCUGGUUUCCAAGUCGACGACAAGCUUGUGCUUGCCAAGAGCAGCGGCGGCAAAGGAAACGGCCGUGAAAUUGCUAGCCUCUUGGAGAGCAUGAGCGAAUACUUUGAAGCCAAAGACAAUUGCGACGAAAACUUUCUUUUUGCCUAUCACAAGGAAACCGUCGCAAGCGUCUACAUCGGCGCUGGUCUUGGGAAGCCGACUGUGAGCUCUGCCCUGAAAAGCCUGGCUGCGAAUGUGCAGGACAGCAACUCCAUCUCCAGCCACAUAGUUGCCCAGCUUUGUGGCAGCGGUCGUCUAUCAACUAGAACCUUUGGUGUCUCGGUUGACACAACUGGUGAUCUUGCGGCUGUUCAGAAGACAGCCUUGGGCUGGAGCAAUGGCUACAACCCUUCAACCACUCUCUGUUCUACUCUUCAACCUGGAGACUACCCUAAACCAAAUCCUGAUGGCACUUGCGCAACACACCUCAUUGUAAACGGUGACUCAUGUGAUGCCCUAGCCAAGGUGAACAACAUCACGACUGCUGAAAUUGAAAGCUUCAAUAAAGGCAAAACUUGGGCUUGGACUGCGUGUAAAGACAUGCUCGUCGGCUACAACAUGUGUCUGAGCACUGGCAGGGCGCCAAUUCCGCCUCCUCAGGCCGGUGCAGAGUGCGGCCCCUUGGUUGCUGGGACAAAACUCCCAGCAGACAAUACAACUUCGUUGGCAGAUCUUAACCCUUGUCCCCUAAAGGCUUGCUGCAGCAAUUGGGGCUUCUGUGGUGUUUUCCCUGCGCAUUGUGACAACACUUGUGUCUCAAAUUGCGGCAACAAGAUCAAAUCGAAUUCAGGCCCUCCUGCAACAUUUCAACGAAUUGGCUAUUACGAGGCAUUUGGCCUUGAUAGAGAUUGCCUCUGGCUAAAGGUUAAAAAUGCAAAUACAGAUGGCACUUACACGCAUAUUCACUGGGGCUUUGCUACGAUCGACUCGAGUACCUGGAAGCUCAAGAUCAACGACACCAAAGGUCAAUGGGCAGAUUUUAAGAAGCUGCCCAAUGUGAAGAAGAUUGUGUCUAUUGGUGGAUGGGCAUACUCGACUGAAGCAGCAACCUACAAUAUUAUCCGACAAGCCAUCAUUACAAACAAGAAUGCGUUUACUACGAACCUUGCUCAAUUUGUCAAGGAUGAAGGUAUUGACGGCAUUGAUAUUGACUGGGAAUAUCCUGGUGCACCGGAUAUUCUCGUCGGCGGCCAACCCAUUGGUCAAAAGAAUGAUGGAGCUGAAUAUCUUAGCUUUCUCACAUUGCUAAAACAGAAACUAGGUUCAGGGAAAUCUGUAUCAAUCGCAGCACCAGCUUCAUACUGGUACCUCAAGGCCUUCCCCAUUGACAGAAUCAGUGCGGUCAUCGAUUACAUUGUGUAUAUGACUUACGAUCUGCACGGCCAAUGGGAUUACGGGAACGCAAAUGCGUUUGACAUGUGCCCGUCGGGCAAAUGCAUUCGCAGUCAUGUCAACAUAACUGAAACCAGAAACUCUCUCGCAAUGCUUACCAAGGCUGGCGUGGCAAACAACAAGAUUUUCGUCGGUGAAGCUAGCUAUGGGAGAUCCUUCCACAUGGCUACAGAUGGAUGCUGGGGACCUAUGUGCGACUUCACUGGAACCAGACUCCAGUCAGAUGCGAAGCCUGGACGAUGCACCAAGGCACCUGGUUAUGUUGCCUAUGCCGAAAUCAACGAGAUUAUCAAGAAAGGUGACGGUGCUCAAACGUUCCGUGAUAAUUCUUCUGACUCGGACAUAAUGCUCUAUAAAGGAGACUAUGUCAGCUAUAUGACAACAGCAACAAAGGACACAAGACGCAACGAAUGGAAAGGAUUGAACUUUGCCGGAAGCAUAGACUGGGCCGUAGAUUUGCAAUCAUUCACAACAGACGAUCUGGACGCUCCACCAGUCACACCAAAGCCCGGCGACAACGGCUGCGUCUCCGGGGAAGACAACAGCAUCAACUCCGGCGAUCUCUGCGAAUUCUCAUGCGGCCAUGGCUUCUGUCCAGAAUCUCUCUGUACCUGCGUCACAACAGGAAUGACAACCAACCUUCCAUCGGCAUCAGAGUUGGAGGUUAUGGCCUGGGAUCCAUGGGAUGUAGAUUUAAACCGACUCUGCAAGUUCAGCUGCAAGUACGGCUAUUGCCCACAAGAUAUCUGCACAGACAUCCCUAAAGAAGAUGAAGGCGAAGAGGAGCCUGACACGGGCUACUUCAACUAUACGGAUGCGAGGUGGCAAAACGCUCAACACUGCUUGCUCUUCAAAGAUCCGCAGUACAGAGACGUCAGUGUGAACCAGUGUAAGCCGGUAUGUCAGGCAGCACUCGACGAUGCGGAAAAAGAAGGCCGGACAAGCAACUAUGGCUGUAUUGGCAACUUCCCGGUCGACAAAGAAAUUCCGUGGGAAAAGUAUCCGGGAGCCAGUUACGAAGUUGCGCCGGGACAAUGUCUCUGCGACAAUAUGCUCAUCAAUGAGAUUGCAGACUUUGUCCUGGAUGCGCUGCCAAUUAUCGCUCAGAUUGGGUGCUACAUUCUCAUGUCUUCUCUCAAGCUUGUGCUUGAAGUUGGCUUGGAAUUCAUCCCUGGAGUCGGGAAGCCUCUCGAUGCCGGCUUAGAUAUGGCUCUGACCGCAACCGAGAUGGUGAAUUACAUAUAUCCAGAAGGCGAGGAUCCUGGUGGUGCUUUUGAAUGGUGGUUGAGUCCAUGUGGUGGCUCCGGGCUGGUGCCAGACGACAUCAAGAAUAUCUUUGACACUCUUAGCCAGGUAGCAGGGGGUGUUUCGAGUUUCAAACCACCGAAAAACAUCCCCAAAGGAAGCGGCAAGAAAGGCGACGACGGCAAUCCGACAGAUAGAGGGAAGCCUCGGCCCAACACUGGUGGCAGUGGAAAAGGCACGCCGGCCAAGAAGCAAUGCAAGGUUCCGCCCUCCAAGCAGACCCAACGUCUUGGCCAGGGGAAGAACACGCUGCGCAUACAAUCCUGUGUCGGCGACAAGACGAAGACUACCGAGAUUGUUGUUACCUCGCUCGAUUACGCGGCCAAUGCAAAGGCAACUCAAGUGGCCAAGCAUUGCGAUGCUGCUUGGUCGCAGGCAUGCUACCAUUACAGCUCAGCCAUCCAGGUCAACCGCCAGUGGGCAACGCUCACAUGCCCGCAAGAAGCAGCGGCGACAAAACAUCGUCUCGACGCCCGGGCGACGUCGGUUUGGUCAACUCAGCACGACGGAGCGGGCUGGCAAGAUCGAAAUGCUGCCGGACGCACAUGGCAGAACUGCGACAGAGACGAGUACCCACCGGCAUAUCUUCUGAGCGAGACAGAUCCAGCCUAUAUAAACAGCGGAUCAAACAGCAAGGGGCAGUUGGUUCGCUAUGUGCCCAACACGCAGAAUCAAAAGGCCGGUCAGAUGUGGAAGGGCACAUGCUUCGGCACUCCGGUAAAGGCCUUGUCCGACAAGGUCUUGAUGGACAGCGUGGCAAAGGCGCCUCAGUCCAAGAAGCAGAAUAUCCAAAAGGUAAACUUUGAGCAAACGAUGGCAGAGAUUGGUGUCGACGUUCGCCCCGAGUUUACCAUCUCCUCAUGGGGUCCCCCGAGCAGUCCGGAUGCUGGCCUGUCGGCCAAUCCAUGCUGGCCAAGAGGCAUUGCUGCCGCCGACCCUGGGUUUGCUCUGCUCACAUAUGAUCCUUAUUAUGGAGGCCAAGCGCCGCCGUACAACUACAGAGCACAAUAUGUCCAGGGCGCAAAUGGGUCUUGA